CGUAACCACGGCGUCGCCGUCGCGCGCUUUUGUGUGUUUGAGAAGAAGCCAACAUGUCUGCGCCGAUGGAGGUGGUUCUGAGUUCGGACUCCGCUUCUCAGUUGUGGAACGUGACGGUGUUCGACCUGCAGUCCGGUUCCAGCCUGUUGUCCUACCGGGGCGGUAACAGUUCGGCACGAACCCUGACGGUUUUGAGCGGAGAGUACCUUCUGUCGGCGCAGCUCGGAAAAAACUUCAUCAACGUCUGGGAGAUCCAGAGGAAGGAUCAGUUGCAGCAGAAAGUCGUGUGUCCAGGUGUGGUGACGUGUCUGACCGCCGCACCCAACGGCCUCUUCCUCCUGGCUGGCAUCGCAGAGGCCAUUUACUUAUGGGAGGUGUCCACGGGGAAGCUGCUGGCCGUCCUCACUCGUCACUAUCAGGACGUCACCUGUCUGAAGUUCACAGACGACAGCAAUCAUUUUGUUUCUGCAGGAAAAGACAACCUGGCCCUGGUCUGGAGCCUGAGCAGUGUGAUCCAGCUGGAUUUAAACCACAACCCUGAGCCUUGUCACAUUCUUUCACGCCACUCUCUGCCAAUCACAGACCUGCACUGUGGCCUGAUGGGAGCACAGGCCAGAAUCGCCACUGCGUCCUUGGACCAAACCGUCAAGCUCUGGGAGUUGUCCUCUGGUGAGAUGCUGCUGUCUGUCCUCUUUGAUGUUGAGAUCAUGUCUGUGACCCUUGACCCCUGUGAAUACUUCUUGUUCUGUGGUGGCAGCGAUGGCAACAUUUUCCAGGUGUCUCUCUGCAGCCAGACUUUGAGUCGAGAUAAAUCCUUCCAGUCUGAUAACGAAGGAAACCAGAUCUUCAAAGGACACAGGAACCACGUGACGUGUCUGUCUGUGUCGAUGGACGGGACUGUCCUCCUCUCAGGGUCCCACGAUGAGACUGUGCGGUUGUGGGACAUUAAGAGCAAACAGAGCAUCCGCUGCCUGACCCACAAAGGUCCAGUAACCAACGCGGUCAUUAUGUCAGCUCCGGCCAACAUGUUCCUGCCUGACAGCCGACCAGCCCUCCUCAUGCCGCGCUUCAGCCGCCACCUCCACAGUUCCGAGGGCGAAGGUGGUGAGUCUGGAGAUGUGAGCGUCCGCAUUGGACUCUUCACGCAGGAGAAGGAGGAGACGUACUUGCAGAAAGUUGACAGGCUGAACUCCCUGAUGAACGCGGUGACUGAUAAGUCUGUGUUCGGUGAUGGAGAAAACACCAAGGUUCGAGUCGCGGAACUUGAAGAAGAGGUUCAAACCUUGAAGAAGAUCAACAAAGACCUAUACGACUUCUCAAGCCAGCUGCUCCUCAAACCCACAUAGACGCGCAAACCCACAACACGGACAUACAAACCCAGAACAUGGGCGCGCAAACCCACAACACGGACGCGCAAACCCAGAACACGAACACAAACGCGCAAACCCAGUCAUACCCAGAACACGGACGCGCAAACCCGGUCACACCCUGAACACAGACAUACAAACCCAGAACACGGACACGCAAACCCGGUCACACCCAGAACACGGACGCGCAAACCCAGAACACGGACGCGCAGACCCAGUCACACCCAGAACACGGACGAGCAAAGCCAGAACACGGACGCGCAGACUCGGUCACACCCAGAACACGGACGCGCAAAGCCAGAACACGGACGCGCAGACUCAGUCACACCCAGAACACGGACGCGCAAAGCCAGAACACAGAUGCGCAAACCUAGUCACACUCAGAACACGGACGCCCAAACCCAGCACACAGACAAGCAAACCCUGAACACUGGCACGCAAACCCAGUCACACCCAGAACACGGACGUGCAAACCCGGUCAGACGCGCAAACCCAGAACACGGACACGCAAACCUAGAGCACAGAUGCGCAAACCCAGUCACACCUAGAUCACGGACAUGCAAAUCCAGAACAUGGAUGCGCAAACCCAGUCACACCCAGAACACGGACGCGCAAACGCAGAAAACACAAACCCAGAACACAGACGCACAAACCCUGAACACGGACGCGCAAACCCAGUCACACCCAGAACACAAACGCACAAACCCAGAACACAGAUGCGCAAACCCUGAACACGGACGUGCAAACCCAGUCACACCCAGCACACAGACAAGUAAACCCUGAACACUGGCGUGCAAACACAGUCACACCCAGAACACGGAUGCGCAAACCCAGAACACGGACGUGCAAACCCAGUCACACCCAGCACACAGACAAGUAAACCCUGAACACGGACGCGCAAACCCAGUCACACUCAAAAACACGGAUGCGCAAACCCAGAACACAGAUGCGCAAACCCAGUCACACCCAGAACACGGACGCGCAAACGCAGAAAACACAAACCCAGAACACAGAUGCACAAACCCUGAACACAGACACGCAAACCCAGUCACACCCAGAACACAAACGCACAAACCCAGAACACAUACGCGCAAACCCA